AUGGCUUCUUUUGGGUGGAAGAGAAAGAUUGGUGAGAAAGUUUCAAAAGCUACUUCCCAGCAAUUUGAAGCAGAAGCUGCGGAUGACAAGGAUGUGACUGAAGAAGAUGAUGCCAGCUGGGUGCAUGCAACAAAGAGAAGAAAGGAGAUUCUCUUAGAAGACUGUGUAAAGAAAAGUAAGGAGCUGAAGGAGGAAGGUGCAAACUUGGCUGAGAACAGGAGGUACCGAGAGGCUAUUAAGAAGUGGGAUGAAGCACUUCAGUUAACUCCAGAGGAUGCUACGCUUUAUGAAAUGAAAUCUCAGGUCCUGAUGUCUUUACAUGAAAUGUUCCCAGCAGUGCAUGCAGCAGAAAUGGCUGUCCAGAGAAACCCACGUUCCUGGGAUGCCUGGCAAACUUUGGGACGUGCCCAGCUUGGAUUAGGAGAGAUAGCACUGGCAAUCCGUAGUUUCCAAGUGUCCUUACACAUCUUUCCAAUGAACCCUGAAGUAUGGAAAGAGGACCUUUCCUGGGCAAGAAAACUAUACGAACAGCAGAAGGCAACAAAGACUGAGGCCAUGCACACACUAGCAAAAGUUAAAGAGCAUGCACAAGAAUCAAUCCCAGACUAUGACUUCGAAAGUGAUGAAGUUGUGGCAGUCUGUGCUGCCAUUGCGGAGAAGGAGAAAGCUCUUUCAGAAGCUAGAACAGUAGUGAUUGUGUCUGCUUCAGGCACAGUAGAAACUGUUACUGAGAAAGAGGAUUGUCCUGCAACUCCUGAUGAAACCCUUUUCAUCAGAGCCCGAUAG